CUACAUGAUGCACAGUAACCACCCUACAUGCCUCUCUUUAUUAUCUUAAAGAGCACAUAGAUAGAUGAAUGCACCAGUAUGAGGUCUUAUUCUCUUGUUUUUGCUGUUGCUUACUUUUGUGAAUGUUUCAGUUUUCCUCUGGAAGAGCAAAGAAUUAAUGAAUGGAGUGAUGUGAUCAUGGAAGAAGAAGGCAAGCCUGUCACCCUGCGCUGCUAUGACGAAUCCUCUGUACCUCUAAGGCAGGUCCAAUGGUUGACGAUGCUAAACAGGGGAGAGACCUGGACGAAUCUGUUUUCGGUGGAUGUUAGCAGAGCGAGAUUGGACGGGAGGCAAUUGCACCAGUCAGGCAGAACCCUGGAGAUAUCUCAUAAAUUUUCCAUGCAUUUUACUGCCACGGUGCAAAACAGAGGUCUCUACUCCUGCCUUAUGGAGAAGGAGGACAGGACGAUCAAAGAGAGGAUUGUACUUCUGGCUGUUAUUAAACUGACCUUAGAUCCGGCUCCUGUCAUUCCCAUCUACAGCACAGUGAGGCUGAAAGCUGAGGUCUCUCCCUUCUACGCCGUAGCGAGUGGGACGUGGCUUUCACUCACCGGUUCCCCGUUACCCACUGACAAGUCCUCGCCAGGCACCCUGCUCACCAAACUGCCCCGUGUCACCCGCGAUGACAGCGGCACUUACACCUGCAACAUUAGUGUGAAUAGCCAAAGCAGCAAACCUGUCUACAGAUACAGAGUGAAAGUGAGGGUUAAAGGUGAGAAACCGCAUUCACCUGCACACAUGACCCAACUCAUGGAGCAGUUGGAGACCUGCGACGAAGAGGAUUCAAGUACUGGGUUCAACGAUGAAAAGAAUGCGGCUGUUUUUACCAACAUUACAUACGCAAGACCAGAGUCCAGUCUGGCAGCUCUGUCUCGGUCGGCUGUCACAAUCCCCUGCUCUGACAUCAACGGCGACUACGUCCUUCUCUACUGGUGGCGUGUAGGUUCCUUAAAAUCAGAUCCACAGCUGAUCUUCCAGUUUGACCGCUGGAGAAAUUCCCUGAAGCAGUCGAAUCCCCGCCUCUGCUUGCACAACCGCUCCUCUGUGCUUCCUGGAAACUUCUCCUUCCUCUUGUGGCCGGAGUUAAAAGACGCAGGCAGAUAUCAGUGUGAGGUCUUCAGGGAUGACCAGGUUUUCGCCCAGGCCACAACACUGACCGUUUUAAACGGCUAUGUUACACCUUCCUCUUCCUCUAUGUUGCUGACCUGUGAGUAUUCCACCCCUUCCGGGUUCCCUCCUCUAAAAUGGUCGCACGACCAAAAGCCUGAACACCAGCUCCCUUUAACUGCAGUUCCUGGUCAGAAGAUCUUAACCAUAGAUCUCCCAAUAACCCCAGAUACAGCCGGCCAGUACGUCUGCGCUCUGAAGCUACAAAAUGGCCAAACCGUCAAAUACCGUUACACUGCCAUGUUGCCUUCUACAGAGCCACCUUGCUGUGUGACUAAGCUGCCUGAUAAAUUAACCACCGACUCUGCUGUCCCUCUGCUGCAGCCUACUGACGGUACCGUUCUUCUCCUGCCUCUCUCCAUUCUCCUCUUUUUGGUACCCGUGAUUGCUGUUGCUGUCGGCCUGUUGCUAUGGAGACGAGGACCUUGCACCUUCCCUCGGAAUGUGGAGCGCAGUCUGUCUUACUACUCGGGAGAAGUGGAGAACAUCUAUGAAAAUCCCGAGGACCUGAUACAGGCUUCUCCACAAAAUGCGGUGUACAUGGAUCUGAAGCUCACAGGCGAGACGGAUGUUUAUAGGGAAUUAGACAGAUAUGACCCGUGUUGCGGUUAAGUUCACACAUUUGGAUGACAUUAAAAUGCAUUUUGUGAUAUCAUCUAACACUUUUAUCAGUGAAGGGAUGUACAGUACAUAAUGGUGAAAACUUUAAACACUGAUAAAUCACAAUAAAUCAUCAUUACGGCUUUUGAGUUUAAGGUCACUAUCGCUGGGUGAUGAAUCUGAGGCACGUUCAAGUCUCAAGGGUUAAAAACUACAUUUAUUUUUCUAUAUAAUCCCCCUGCUACACUAAUGCACUUAUCCCAGCGUUUCACUAGUGCUUGGACACCAUCGAGGUAGAAGGUCUUACUGCUUUAUGCCAUCUGAAACACUGGCCUACCAGAAACUCCCUUAGUGGCCCAAAAAUGACUUGGAGUGAGGUCAAGACUGUAUUAUGGGGAUGCGGUAAUAACUCCAAGCUGAGGUCAAUCCCGCAAAUUGGAGACAAGUUAUACAUUGAUUUUCCGGGAUCAGGUGUUCCACUUACAGAAUGUUCACAGGAAAGACUACAACGGGUUCCGAGCCACCUCACCCAGGAUCAUCAUUCACAAACAUACAAAAAGACUUUUUAAAAAUGUGUGCACCAUUUACAUGCGAGUGAGAGUCUCAACAUCGAACGGUGCUUGAAGUCUUAUGUACAGUAAAUGUCACAUUUCACACCAUCAUUCAUGAGAAAUUUCACCAAAGGUCCCGGUUUGACUUGAACACGGCUUGUAUAACAAUACAAACAAAACUAGAAUGGCGGUAGUGGUGAUGGUGAUGGUGGUGGUGGUGAUGGCAAUGCCACCUUACAACACCAGGGUCUUAGAUUCGAUCCUGGGCUCGGAUUACUGUCUGUAUGGAGAGUCACAUGUCUUCCCAGCAUCCUCAUAUUUUGUGUGAAAGUUUGUGUACAUUGUGCCAUGUAACCCUGAUCAGGAUAGGAAAUGACCGAAAUUAAAUAAACUAGACUGUUUAACUACCCUGAAUCACCUACUGUAAGGAUUGUUAAUGCAAAUUCACAGUACAGUAUGUGCAAAACUUUGUAUUCCCUUCAGACACAAAAAUAAAAUGAUAUUGAAUUCUUACCAACAAGAUGUUUAAUGUGAUGAGCUGUACAGUAUAUGCAUCGCUUAAUUGUCCCAAGUAACAAACAUGGUACAAUGUUGUAUGCUUUGAUAUUAACAUGAAUAAAACAUAUACAGGUUUUUUUUGUUUUGUUUUUUUUUACUGUUGGAUGUGUUAUAAAUAUUCUCUAUUGACUCCUACGCCUCCAGCCUCUUUCAUAUCUCAUGAACAGCUUUAGAAUGCUCUCGGUGUUACCUUGUUAUUCAUUCCCUGCUUUUUAUUAGCAGUUACUUUAAUGAUUUGAUUCUUUUAAAAUGCAAGCAAAUUGAACAUUUUGGAUUCAUUUGAUUAACCCAUAAAUACCAUUUUAG